AUGCCUAAGAACAAGAAGGCGGCUCGGUCCAAGUCACCGUCCAAGAGGCAGGCUGACCGGAAGCCAAGCAAUCCCCAACUGGCAUCGCAGCCAGUAUCGCAGCCUGCAUCGCAGCCGGCAGAGUCUGGGAAUCGGAAGGUUAACGUGGUUGCAGAAGCUCCAGAGCUUGGGCCAGCAGCAUCCUCGAACGGCUCCCCAGAACCAAACGUCGAAAAACCAAUUGUCGAGAAGCAGGAGGACAAGACUCCCAAUCACGAUGAGACUCCCAAGAAGCAGAACCGAGACGAUCGAAAGGCUACGUUCGCCAACGUUGUGAAGAACCAUGUCGAGGAAGAAAGCAACGGACAUUCUCCAGAUGCCGACAAGAGCUUCGGAAGCGAGGGCACCGCCGACGAGACGCUGGUUGACGGCUUUGACGCCGACAAGUCCGAGUCGACCGAGGUCAAGAGCAUGGAUGACAACGACUACCCGCGCCUGUCACUCGCGGAAUACGGCAGAAGAAACAGUCAUCGAUACGGAUGGAAGGCCGGCGGGAUUCGGUUUGCACCACUGCAAGUGCCCUUCACUCGCCGACUGCAGACAGGCGCUGUUCUGUUUCACGGCCUCUCCAUUCUCACAUUCGUCUCGAUCUUCUUCUUCCUCGCCGCCAUUCCUUUCACGUGGCCCCUGCUGGUCCCAUACCUGAUUCAUCUUUCACUAUCCAGUGUCGCAUCUGAUGGUACCCUCAAAUAUCGAUCGGAGUGGCUAAGAUCCCGUUACAUCUGGAAAUUGUUCGCAGAGUACUACCCGGCUGAGCUUCACAAGACUCAUGACCUGCCACCAACCAGGAAGUAUAUUUUCGGCUACCAUCCGCACGGAAUCAUCUCGCACGGUGCCUUUGCCGCCUUCGGAACGAACGCACUUGGAUUUGAUGAGCAGUUCCCGGGUAUCACCAACUCUUUGCUGACUUUGGACAACAACUUUCGCAUCCCGCUUUACCGCGACUACAUCUUGGCCAUGGGCGUCCGAUCCGUUUCUAAGGAAUCGAUCUGGAACACGCUGAGCAAGGGUGGUCGCAACGGCGAGGGAAUGGGCCGUGCUGUCACAAUUGUUGUUGGCGGCGCCAGGGAGUCUCUUGAAGCUCAACCGGGAACUCUCAGACUGAUCCUGAAGGGCCGCAAGGGUUUCAUUAAGAUGGCUCUGAGAACCGGAGCUGAUCUAGUACCUGUCUUGGGAUUCGGCGAGAACGAUCUUUACGACCAGCUGAGCCCGAAAACCCACCCCUGGGUUCACAACUUCCAGAUGUUCGUCCUCCGCGUUUUCAAGUUUACCCUCCCUGCGCUUCACGGACGUGGCAUCCUCAACUACGAUGUGGGUAUGAUGCCCUACCGCAGACCUCUCAACAUUGUCGUUGGAAAGCCUAUCAAGGUCACCACACCUCCCUCAGCACAGCCGUCCCAGGAGGAGAUUGACCGUCUGCACGAGCUGUACAUCGCCGAGCUGCAGAAGAUCUGGGACACGUACAAGGACCAGUUCGCGCCCGAGCGCAAGGCCGAGCUUCAGUUCAUUGCCUAG